CGAUUGACGUCAGUAGCAUCGAAAUUGUUUCCUUAUUCUUUCUCACUACGUAACUUCUGAUGAAACGUCGUUUCCCCUGAAUCCAGAUUCGAUAUCUCUCAUUCACGCUCCGAGUCCCGUUAUCGACGCGUCACGAUAGUCGAACCUUUCGUUUGUAGAACACAAUUCUACGCAAUCUUCGGGGUACGGAGUGACAUUGAAGAAUAUAUUGUUCUUUACAUUCAACUGGAUUAAUAUAGUCGCGGGUUUUUGUUGAUCCAGAUUGCUUCGCAAGGAAUCGAGAUGAGUUACGGCUAUCAAGGACCACCAGUGAUUCAGUUCCCGGGACACGCGCCACCACCGACAUCAUUCGGGGCUCCACCUGGCACACCCUCUGCCCCUGGUGCUUAUUCUCAAAGUGGCGGCAUAGGCUUCACGAGUGGUGCACCUGUGUCUUUUGGAAUGCCACAGCCUUACUCUCCUUAUCCUUCCACGCCUUAUCCGCCACAACCUGGUCAUCCCACCAUGUCGAAUCAGUAUCCUCCUCCAGCGCCGGGAGCUUCUUUCCAACAAAUGCCUUCCCCCAUGCCUCAAUCAACUCCUUCCUAUCCGUUCCAACAAAUGCAACAGCCGUGUAACAAUCCGGGACAGCAUUCUGCAUAUUCGCAACAGCGAGAUUAUAACUUGUAUCCAAAUAUUCAUGCCGCGCCUGAUGCAAAAGAAUGUUUUGAUACACCUUCUCCGUAUAAUAACUCUCCCUCUAACGCUUAUUCAAAUAAGUCGAGCUCUUAUCAAGGCAGAAGCUAUCCUGGGGGGCAGGGUGCAGGAUACUGUCCUCCACGUGAAACUAAUUCUUUCCCCUAUCAACCUAAACCAGCCCCAGUCCCCCGGAAAAGUCAGUUUAUGACCAAGUUGUCACCCACGGUUGUGCCGUACAAUGAUUUUGAUGCCAGAGCAGACGCAGAAGUUUUAAGGAAGGCAAUGAAGGGUUUUGGUACGGAUGAAAAAGCUAUUAUCCACGUGCUUGCCAACCGCAGUAAUCUGCAGCGUCAGGAAAUUGCCGUCCAAUUUAAAACCCUCUAUGGAAAGGAUCUUAUAAAAGAUUUGAAAUCUGAAUUGUCGGGCAACCUCGAGAAACUGGUUCUCGCUAUGAUGAUGCCGUUGCCGCAGUUUUAUGCCAAAGAAUUACAUGACGCAAUGGCUGGUAUUGGUACCGACGAGUGCGUUCUUAUAGAAGUAUUGUGUACUAUGUCCAAUCACGAAAUUCGCGUGAUUAAACAAGCAUACGAAGCAAUGUACGGGAGAACAUUGGAGGAUGACUUGAGAGACGAUACUUCCGGGAAUUUCAAGCGGUUAAUGGUAUCGUUAUGUUGUGCCAACAGAGAUGAGUCAUUCGACAUAGACGCAGCGGCCGCUGUAGAAGACGCCAAAGAACUUCUCAGAGCUGGUGAACUCCGUUUCGGUACUGACGAAUCGAUGUUUAACGCAAUACUUGUUCAAAGAAACGUUCCACAGUUGAGACAGAUAUUCCAAGAGUAUGAAAAUAUUACCGGUCACACUAUCGAAGAUGCGAUCGAGAACGAGUUCUCGGGUGAUGUUAAAAAAGGUCUUCUAGCUAUUGUGAAAUGCGUGAAAAACAGAGCCGGUUUCUUUGCCGAGCAAUUGUACAAGAGUAUGAAGGGUCUCGGCACCGAUGAUGAUCGCUUAAUCAGGCUUGUUGUCACCCGUUGCGAAGUGGACAUGGGAGAAAUCAAACAAGUAUUCGGACAACAGUAUAAUGAAUCGCUGGAAGAUUUUAUAUCUGGUGAUUGUUCCGGUCAUUAUAAGAAAUGUCUUCUAGCACUUGUCUCUUAAAGCUCUCUAGCCAGCAAAAAAAUACGCCAUAAUACUUGGUCGCAUUUAAUGGUGAAUUUGAGGUAUUAAUGUUUACAUCUAUUUAUUUACUUAUUCGUCGUUUAAUAUGUUAUAAAUGAGCCACAUUAUCAUAUUGAAGUAUUUUUAUAAAUGCAAUAUGUUCCUAAACUUACAAAAAUCUGUAUACAAUAUUUACAAAAGACACGGAGCUUCAAAUUUCGAAUUCAAUACUUGAGUCUCGAUUAUUGUUAUUUUAACUAUAAAAGUAUUUUAUAAGUAAAAGCCUGCGAUAAGUAAAGCCUAAAAGAAAAAAAGUAUUAAAAGUUUAUAAAAAAAUGAUACGAAAGAAUUAUCUUUAAAAUAUGUUAUUAUAUAUUUUUAUUUUAUAUACUAUAUAAAAUAUACAUAUAUACACAUAUAUUUACACAAUAUAUUAUAUAUUUAUCUACGUAUAUUUUGUAGAUAUUCUUAUUAAAUAAAUCUGAAUUUAAAAGAUAUUGUAAAAAUUAUACGGGUUGGGAAUAAAUGUAUACAUUUUGGAAAUGUUAGAAUUUAUUAAAUAAAUAACGUGUUUG